GACUUCAACAUUCAGCUAGCGACGAAGAAGACGUGCCCACUACGCCCUACCUUCUCUAUAACUAACUUUCUGUACUUCUCUUAACCUACGCCCUUCAUGGCUAUCAUGCGCAGCGACAGUCAUUUAAACGUUGAGGCGCCACCUCCUUCUCCCAUUCCGCCGGCCGCAGGAUCACGUUCAGCAGCCAAUCAGAUUCUGUCGCAAUAUCUAGACAACUCCUUGCACAUGCCCGACCUCGACUCGCAUCUGCCGCAUUUUCUCUCGACGACAAGCCGUCUUCAAAUUCUAGAUGAAAUCGAUCUGCGAUCACUCGUAGCUGGACAUUCCGAUUCUAUGGAUCGGCUCUUGGAAUCGGCUCGCGAACUCGGCGCGUUUAGGAUCAAAUUUCACGGGAUUUCCGAGGAAGAGGUACAGCCAUUAGCGAGAGAAGCGGAGCGAAUUUUUGGAAUUUUGGAGGGAAGAGAUACAGGAAAUCGGCAGCAAGGUAGUCGACGGCAUAAUCGUAAUAAAGAGGAAAUUCUCUGGGCUCGUUCGGGAAAGGAAAGAAUGGAAUGGGCACGUGAAUAUAUUGGCGCUGAAUUAUUUCAGAGUUUCAGUGAGAGGAUGGAGAAUGUUGCCAGUAGACUUGAUGCCAUUGCGGAACAAUUGGCUCAAGUUUUUGCAGAACACUUGAGUAAGCAAUCUGGUCGAAGAUCCCAGGAGAGACAGUCUACUCUUAGCAUUUACAAGUACAACCAAGAUAUCAUCAGUGCACAAAGCUCACCUUCAGCAAAUGAGAUGAACAAGUUGUGUGAUUAUGUUUUAAGCCUCCACCUACCCAGCAAAACAUGUAAAUACUGGAUGCAAUCAGGGCCAACUCGCUUAUCUUUCAAUGCAGGUCCAGACACUAUUGUUGUCUCUGUGGGAAAACAGCUUGAGCAAUGCAGCUUAGGGGAAUUCAGAUGUGUUCUUGGGGAAUAUAUCUUUCAGCCUACAGAUCCCCAAACUUCUUUCUCCAUAGAGCUCAAAUGUUCAUCUCUAAAUAUAAAGCAACAUUUUUGCAGAACUCGCAAGACAAUCUCAUUAGCAGAUCAGAUACUGAUUGCCCUCAUACUAUACAACAUUUUCAAGUUUCUAUUUUAAUAAUUUAUAGGUACACAAUCCAUACAUUCGCAAUUUCUUGCCUUAUCAUUUAAUAAUGCUCUUGAUUUAGUUUACUUAAUUGGAGAUUAAAAUCUUGUCACUUUUUUUGUUAAGUUCUUUUACACUAUUGGUUUGAUGUACAGUUUUGGGACUCAUGGUUUGAACUUUGAAGAGAAUUGAAUUUUGUUGAAAAGGGUUCGUUUUACAAAGAUUUGCAUGUAAAUAUAGCUAGAAAAACAUACAAUGCUCCUUGAUGGGAAUAAAAUGUUUGCUCUCCUGUAUUGCUGAAUGGUAUGAGCAACAUUAUACAUCUAUUAUAGUCUUGUAUUUACUUAUAAGAGCACUUAUAGGAGCAAUAAUAUGUGCGCUUAUAAUAACUACUAAUUUGAAUAUCAAUAACGAUGUGUUACUAUAUGAUUGAAUAUUA